AUGGCGCUAUUCUUUAGAAGGAAGAAGGUCAUUUUGGAUGACUCUGACCCUAAUGGUCAGAGGAAAAAGUCUAGGAAGCCACCAAAUACAGCGUUCAGACAACAAAGAUUAAAAGCCUGGCAACCUAUCCUAUCACCGCAGAGUGUGCUUCCUUUGCUGAUCUUUGUUGCGUGCAUUUUUGCACCAAUUGGUAUAGGGCUGAUUGUUAGUGCUACGAAUGUUCAAGACCUGGUUAUCGACUACAGUGAUUGUCACAAGGAUGCUAACACUAACGACUUCACAGAGAUACCAUCGAAAUUCGUUCAUUAUCAUUUCAAAAAACCUGUGCAUGUGAAGCCAAGAUGGAAGCUUGAAGAAGAUGAAUCAGAUACCACAACAUGCCAGAUAGAAUUCCAAGUCCCCAACAGAAUCAAACAAUCGGUUUAUCUUUACUAUAAGCUAACCAACUUUUAUCAAAACCAUCGUAAAUACGUUGAAUCAUUGGAUAUUUCUCAAUUGAAAGGACAGGCCAUUGAUGCGGACCAGCUGGAUAGCAGCUGCGACCCGCUAAGAGAGUCUGACGGUAGAGCGAUUUAUCCGUGUGGUUUGAUAGCUAAUUCGAUGUUCAAUGAUACUUUUAGUACAUCAUUGAAGGGUAGUGAUGGUACUGAAGAUUAUCAGCUUACGAAUAAGGGCAUAGCAUGGGGGGUUGAUGCUCAACGGUUUAAGAAAACUUCUUACAACGCUUCUCAGAUUGUUCCACCACCAAACUGGGCUAAAAGAUUCCCUGAUGGGUACACUGACGAAAACAUCCCAGAUAUUGGCUCAUGGGAUGAGUUUCAUGUGUGGAUGAGAACCGCAGCUCUUCCCAAAUUUUACAAAUUGGCUUUAAAGAAUGAGAGCGGAGAGCUUCCUAACGGUACAUAUACUAUGAACAUCGGUCUAAAUUAUCCAGUCUCAAUAUUUGGGGGAUCCAAGUCAAUCGUUGUUACAACAAGUAGCGUUAUCGGAGGAAGAAACAUGUCACUUGGUGUGCUUUACUGCAUAGUUGCAGGAAUAUCGGCAUUAUUUGCAAUAAUAUUUUUGGUAAAGGUUAUAAUACAGCCAAGGACCAUGGGAGAUCACUCUUAUUUGAACUUUGAAAGUAAUAUGGAGAAUCAAGGCGACCAGGAGAGUAACGCAAACGUCCCGCUUCGAGAAAUUCUGUAG